AUGGCGACAAAGGGGAACUCAGGAGACAACAGAAGUCGAAGCUCCAUGUCAGUUUUCAUUGUUGCUGGUCUGUGUUGUUUCUUUUACAUAUUGGGUGCGUGGCAGCGAAGUGGUUUUGGAAAAGGAGAUAGCAUAGCUUUAGAGAUUACCAAACAGACAGACUGUAGUAUUCUUUCCAAUCUGAAUUAUGAGACCCAUCAUGUUGGGAUUGAUGAUUCUGAAGGAGUUGUCAAUGAGUUCAAACCAUGCAGCGAUCACUAUAUUGAUUACACUCCCUGUCAAGAUCAAAUGCGAGCAAUGACUUUCCCCCGAGAAAAUAUGAAUUACAGGGAACGACACUGUCCGCCUGAUGAAGAGAAGCUGCAUUGCCUUAUUCCAGCACCCAAAGGAUAUGUGACCCCGUUUCGAUGGCCCCAAAGCCGCGACUACGUACCAUAUGCCAAUGCUCCUUAUAAGAGCCUGACAGUUGAGAAGGCUGUUCAGAACUGGAUUCAAUAUGAGGGCAAUGUGUUUAGGUUCCCAGGUGGUGGAACACAGUUUCCUCAUGGAGCAGAUGCGUAUAUCAAUGAACUUGCAGCUGUGAUCCCAAUGGACAGUGGGAUGGUUAGAACUGCAUUGGAUACUGGAUGUGGGGUUGCCAGCUGGGGUGCCUACCUGUUUAAAAAGAAUGUAAUAGCAAUGUCAUUCGCACCAAGAGACUCUCACGAAGCACAAGUUCAAUUUGCUCUGGAAAGAGGUGUUCCAGCAGUUAUUGGCGUUCUUGGAACUAUAAAGCUGCCUUAUCCAUCUAGGGCCUUUGACAUGGCUCACUGUUCUCGUUGCCUGAUUCAAUGGGGUGCAAAUGAUGGAAUGUACAUGAUGGAAGUUGAUCGAGUUCUUAGACCUGGUGGUUACUGGGUGCUUUCUGGUCCUCCUAUUAACUGGAGGAAUAAUUAUGUAGCAUGGCAGCGUCCUAAAGAAGAACUUGAGGAAGAACAGAGGAAGAUUGAAGAGAUGGCGAAACUUCUUAACUGGGAAAAGAAGCAUGAGAAGGGUGAAAUUGCCAUCUGGAGGAAACAAACAAGUUUUGACUAUGGUCGUGGCCGAGAUCCUCAACUUACUCUGUGUGAAUCCACAAAUGCAGAUGAUGUUUGGUACAAGAAGAUGGAGUUGUGCAUAACUCCUUAUCCCGAGACUUCUGAUCCCAAUGAGGAUGCUGGUGGGGCAUGGAAGCCAUUUCCAGAGAGGCUCAAUGCUUUACCUUUCAGAAUAUCUAGUGGAUCCAUCCCUGGAGUAUCUCCUGAGACAUACCAGGAGGACAAUAGGUCAUGGAAGAAACAUGUGAAUGCUUAUAAGAGGACCAACAAAUUACUGGAUACAGGAAGGUAUCGCAACAUUAUGGAUAUGAAUGCCGGUCUGGGAAGUUUUGCUGCUGCUCUUGACUCUCCCACAUUGUGGGUUAUGAAUGUUAUGCCUACUAUAGCUGAGAAAGACACUUUGGGAGUUAUAUUCGAACGUGGACUGAUAGGCAUUUAUCAUGAUUGGUGUGAAGCCUUCUCCACAUAUCCCAGGACAUACGACCUUAUUCAUGCAAAUGGUGUUUUCAGCUUGUACAAGGAUAAGUGUGAUGCUGAAGACAUUCUUUUGGAGAUGGAUCGGAUUCUACGGCCUGAAGGAGCAGUGAUUUUCCGUGAUCACAUGGAUGUGCUAGUCAGGGUGAGCAAAAUUGUGAGAGGAAUGAGAUGGAAUACAAAAAUGGUGGAUCAUGAAGAUGGCCCUCUUGUUCCCGAAAAGGUACUGUUUGCUGUUAAACGGUACUGGGUUGCAGGUGAAGACAAUUCUACAUCCUCAGAGUGA